CAUUUUGGUAAACUAAUGUCAUCGUGUCAUGUCGGUUGAUUUGAUUGUAUUAUUAUCUUUCUCCCUCAAAUAAAUUCACACAACUCUGUUUUGUUGCGAAGAGAAGACCAAAAAUCAAUCAAUCAAUGGAUGUUAGAGAAACCGUAAGCAACCAAACCGACGUCGCUUUGAGCCUCACCAAGCACCUCCUUCAGACCCAUGGCAAGGACUCCAAUGUGGUCUUCUCUCCUUCUUCGAUCCAUGUAGUGCUCAGCCUGAUCGCCGCUGGCUCUAAAGGUUCCACCUUGGAUCAGCUUCUCUCCUUCCUAAAGUUUAAAUCCAGCGAUCACCUCAACUCCUUCGCUUCCGAGCUUGUCGCCGUCGUACUCGCCGACGGAACCUCCGCCGGUGGACCCCGCUUGUCCUUCGCUAACGGUGCUUGGGUCGAGAGGUCUCUUCCUCUCAAGUCUUCUUUCCAACAGGUUGUUGAAAAUACUUACAAGGCGACUGUGAAUCAAGUAGAUUUUCAGACCAAGGCUGCUGAGGUGACAGGAGUAGUGAAUUCAUGGGCAGAAAAAGAAACUAAUGGGCUUAUCAAAGAGGUUCUUCCCUCUGGUUCAGUGGACAGCACAACCAAGCUCAUUUUUGCCAAUGCAUUAUACUUUAAAGGAGCUUGGAGUGAACAGUUUGACGCUUCUAAAACAAAAGAUAAUGACUUCCACCUUCUUAAUGGAAGCUCUGUCAAAGUACCCUUCAUGACCAGCAAGAAGAAACAAGUUGUAGGCGCAUACGAUGGAGUCAAGGUAUUAGCUCUUCCUUACAAGCAAGGGGAGGACAGGCGCCGUUUCUCCAUGUACUUCUUUCUUCCUGAUGCUAAGGAUGGGUUGCCAGCUUUGGUGGAAAAAAUGGGUUCUGAAUCUGGCUUUUUAGAACGCCACCUUCCUCGCCAACAAGUUGAAGUGGGAGACUUUAUGAUUCCGAAGUUUAAGAUUUCCUUUGGGUUCGAAGCUUCUGAUACUUUAAAAGGUUUAGGACUGGUGUUGCCUUUCUCUGGUGAAGGUGGUCUUACUGAGAUGGUGGACUCACCUGUGGGUCAGAACCUCUAUGUUUCGGACAUAUAUCAUAAGUCAUUCGUUGAAGUUAAUGAAGAAGGCACAGAAGCUGCAGCUGCUUCUGCUGCUGUUAUAAUGUUGAGAUCUCUCCGUGUGAGUGAUAAAAUAGACUUUGUUGCUGACCAUCCAUUCCUGUUCUUGAUCAGGGAAAAUAUGACUGGAAUGGUGCUAUUCAGUGGUCAGGUGGUUAAUCCCCUUGCAAGCUAAAUUACAUUUCUGUAAGGAAUAAAAAUUUGACUGGUUAUUAGCUGCCAUUACGUGGUACCCCUGAAUCGAGUGAGUGAGUUAAAAGUACCAUUGCACUUGCUAAUUAUUAUAAUUGCGGCUUCUAUGGUUUUUGAAUGUUCUUUUAGUUGUUGAUGAUGUUGUAUUUAUCUAAUUAUAGAAGAAUUAUAGUACAUACCCAUGUCUGGGCUUAGCUCGAGGAUCGUUGUUUGUUAAUUGCUGGACUUAUAUGUUAAGACUCGGAUGGAAGUAUGUAAUGCAACAUUGUCCUACAUAUUUGGUCAAUAUAAUCAAGUUAUCAAAUUUGAAUUUGAAACUAAAA